GUAUUGCAAAAGAAGCAUAGAUCAAAGUACCAUGAUGCAAUUAUCCCAUCACUAACCCUCCCCCACCACACCACACCCCUCCCAUCUUGACCUCUGCAUCACCACCACCAUCACCACCAUCCCAGCUGCUAAGCACUCUUCCUCAAUCCUCAUACCCAAUAAUCAAUCAAAAGCUCACCAAAAUCUAUCUGGGCUUUACUCGAAUGACGAUGAUGAGCUGUUGCGUUCCCUCUCGCGACGCAUCCGAUCGCUUCCCGUGCCUCUCCGAUCCCGUUAGAAGAUCUACGUUGUGUUUGCGAUUGGCGUUGGUGACGCUGCAUCUAAUCUUUGUCGGUUUUAUUUUCAUUUUUAAUCAAGAAUUCAGAGAUAAUAUAAAAGAGCAGCCUUUGUAUACGUCGAUGUAUUUGUUGUUGGUUGUUGUGACAUUAGCUCAGUAUUUCUUUACCUCUGGUUCUUCUCCAGGGUACGUGCUUGAUGCGAUGAGAGAAUUUGCUAAGACAGAAGCGUCGUUAAGGGCAUCGGAAGUAUCAAAACAACCUGCUUCAAGUAAAAAUGGGAAUGUAGUUGUGACUAUAGACAGAAACCGGUCGGGAGAACAUCUUGUAGGGAAUAACCCGAUGAAUUGGACAAAGAUGGUGAUGGACAUGUACCCACCUGGAACAUCUGUCAGGACUUACACCUGCUCUUACUGUAAUGUUGUGCAGCCUCCAAGAGCAAAGCAUUGCCAUGAUUGUGACAAAUGCGUACUUCAAUUUGACCAUCAUUGCGUUUGGCUUGGAACAUGUAUCGGCCAGGGCAACCAUUGUCGAUUUUGGUGGUACAUUCUUGAGGAAACAGCCUUGAGUAUUUGGACUGGCAUUUUGUAUAUUAAGUACCUACAAGCGUCAUUUGAUAAAGCAUGGUUGGUGGAUGUUAUUAUGAUUAUUCUGCUGUCUAUUUUGUCGAUCGCGUUGAUAUUUCUUCUCCUUCUUCUACUAUUUCAUAGCUAUCUAGUUGUGACAAAUCAAACAACCUAUGAGCUUGUGAGACGCCGGAGAAUACCAUAUAUGAGAAAUAUCCCAGAAAGAGUAUAUCCGUUCAGUAAAGGUGCGUGCAGAAACUUGUACAACUUUUGCUUUGCAAGAACAAGCAUAUACGCAAUGGAACCGCUUCCAGGUGCACAAGAGCUAGAGCAGAUGUCGGUACCAUAUACAUGUUUAGACGUCAUAUCGUGUAGAUGUUGUUGCUGAACUUAUUACUUAUGUUCAUAUCAUUUUAAACAAGGGUAUGUUGUGCUAGUACUAGUAUCUGACCACAUGAUUGCUUGUUUUGCGACUUUGUUAUGAUCAUCGUGUUUAAUCAAGAGACAAACUGAAAUAUACCGGCAUUAGAUUUGGCCUUCGGGCUCAAUUUGUUUUCUUGUU